AUGAGGAUCGCUUUGUUGACGUUAGUUUUCAUUGUUUCUGUGGGACUUACCAAAUCAAAUGGCAUGAUCAAGAAGCCUCUGGUCAUUCUCAUAUCUGUUGAUGGAUUCAAAUGGGGUUACCAGUUUAAGACGUCCACUCCAAACAUUGACUUCAUCAAGGAGAAUGGUGUGGAAGCUUUUCCGGGUAUGAUUCCAGUGUUUCCCACAGUGACAAUGCCAAAUCACAAUUCCAUUGCUACUGACCCUUCAUUUCCAAGGUUUAACGUCUCGUGGGCGGAUCCAAGGUGGUGGCACGGAGAGCCUCUUUGGGAAACGGUAGUUAGGAAUGGACUCAGAGCUGGAACUUAUCUAUGGCCGGGGAGUGAAGUUGUAAGAGGCCACUGGACUUGUCCUCAAGAGUACUGUGCUCGCCUUGCAAACUCAUCUCUUGCCUUUGAGGACCGCAUUGACUCCAUUCUAAAGUUUGUGGACAUGCCAGUUUCCAAGCGGCCAAGCUUCAUUGCUGUUUACUUUGACAAUCCGGAUCACGCAGGGCAUGCCUCGGGACCAGACUCGCAAGAGCUCACAGAUGCUGUGAGCAACAUUGACAAGAUGGUUGGAAGACUCUUGGAUGGUCUGGAAGCGCGUGGGAUACUCAAUGAUGUUCAUAUUAUCAUGGUUAGUGACCAUGGCAUGGUAACGAGCUGCGAGAGUAAGGUGAUUUAUCUCGAGGAUUUGGCUCCAUGGAUCAGAAUCCCUGAUGAAUGGUAUGACUGGGUUGGAGCAGUAGUUGCAUUGAGACCUCCAAGAGGUUUUGAUGCAAAGCACAUUGUGAAGAAGAUGAACGAGGGAUUGCAGUCAGGAAGGGUGAAUAAUGGACAGUUCCUCAAGGUUUUCCUCAAGGAAGAUUUGCCAGAAAGGUUACAUUUCUCACAUGGCAAGUUUGGUCAACCUAUCAUUGGGUUGGCUUCAGAAAGCUAUACUGUGAAGCUUGGGAGAUCAACAAAUAGUAGCUGUGGAGGUUUUCAUGGUUAUGACAAUGCGUACUCCUCAAUGCGGUCUGUUUUCUUUGCUCAUGGUCCAAGAUUUCCGAAACGAAAAGUGGCAUCGUUCCCUAAUGUGGAGAUAUAUAACAUAAUCACCACAAUUAUAGGAAUUCGAGGAGCCCCAAACAAUGGAACACUGUCAUUUGCUCGUGAUAUUUUGAUUUGA